AUCAGCGAGAGCCGCGCGCGCACACGCACUCAUGCCCGUGCGGCUUUGAGAAUGGCGAGCAGUGAAAGCGCAGCGGCGAGCAGCGAGUCUGUCCGAAAGGAACACAAUGACAGUUAUGAGAGAAAGUGUAUUUUCUGUAAGAUAGUGAACGGGGAGAUGGACACCGAGCUUCUACACAGCGAUGAAGACAUGUCAUGUUUCAGGGAUAUAAAACCGGGGGCUCCUCAUCAUUAUCUUGUUGUGCCAAAGAAACACGUGGGGAAUUGCAAAUCACUUCGCAAAGAACAUAUUCCACUCGUGGAGAAAUUGGUGGAAACAGGAAAAGCAGUUCUUCAGAAGAACAAUGUCACUGACUUAAGUGAUGUCAGGUUUGGUUUUCACUGGCCUCCAUUUAAUUCUGUUACACAUCUGCACCUCCAUGUCUUGGCACCCGCCAGUCAAAUCUCUCGCUUCAUGUACCGCCUAGACUCCUACUGGUUCAUCACAGCUGACCAGUUGCUCCAAAGACUGAACUCGAUGGACUAAUAGACGAAUGACAAGAUCAUCCUGCCUUUACACUGGGAAUGUAAAUGGAUUGACUCAGCGUUUAAGGAAAAAGAGGUGAAGCUGAUGUACCUCCAGGUUAUGAUUUAUUUUAAUCAUUACUUUUGCAUGUUGGAGUGUUUGUUUCUGCCAGUCAAACUGGGCAAAUUUGGAGAUGAACCUCAUCUCAUCAUCUCUAGCCGCUUUAUCCUUCUACAGGGUCGCAGGCAAGCUGGAGCCUAUCCCAGCUGACUACGGGUGAAAGGCGGGGUACACCCUGGACAAGUCACCAGGUCAUCACAGGGCUGACACAGACAACCAUUCACACUCACAUUCAUACCUACGGUCAAUUUAGAGUCACCAGUUAACCUAACCUGCAUGUCUUUGGACUGUGGGGGAAACCGGAGCACCCGGAGGAAACCCACGCGGACACAGGGAGAACAUGCAAACUCCACACAGAAAGGCCCUCGCCGGCCCCGGGGCUCGAACCCAGGACCUUCUUGCUGUGAGGCGACAGUGCUGACCACUACACCACCGUGCUGCCCGGAGAUGAACCUUUUAAAUGUUAUUUUGACGCAAGUGGACAAUCUAAUUUGAACUUGUGAAUGCUUGAAAAUAAUCCAGCAUUUACAGCACAGUCCCUGACGUUGCAUUUUUAAGUAAUAUCCAUGUCUGCUAGAAUAACUAGAGAAAUUAUUCCUAUGCUGAGAGAAAAAAAAAAAUGUACACAUUUACUGUAUACUGCACCAUAUUUGUAUAGCAUGCCAUACUCUCAGAUCUAAUGUGAUGUGAUGGUUUCAUCGGGCGUUUCUAAGGGAUAAUGCAUUCCACUAGUCAGUUUUGGUUAAUUACAAUUAACCUUCCUGACCAUUAAUACAUAUAGAAAGAAUCCACAUAACUGAGAAUAAAGGACGUUGGGUUUUGCUCAUAUUCAGCCUCAAGUGUCUCAUGGUCAAUCUGAAGAUCAGCACUGUGGCAGGUUUUUUACCUAGGUUCAUGAAAGAAAAUGGAAAAGAUGCAAUCUUUUGACUUGGAUCGGAUGAUAGUAAUCAACCCUGAUUAAGUAAUGGAAAAUAUAAAAUUAAAUACUUGAAAUAAAAAUAAAUAUUUGUAGCGUUUGGGUGGAGAUUACCUUUCAUGGAUGUAGGCAAAAGGGUUGGUAUUUUCAAUUUGAACUUGAACUGUGUGCGUGUGCGCUUACAGACCAGUCAGAAGUUUGUAUACCCCUACUCAUUCGGAGGUUUUUUUUUUUUUGUAUUUUAACUAUUUUCUACAUUGAACAAUACUGAAGACGUCAAAACUAUGAAAUAACAUACAGAAUUAUGUGCUUAAACUGUUAAAGAACCAAAUGUUUCAUAUUUUUAGAUUCUUCAAAAUAGCCACCGUUCACCUUGAUGCUUCUUAACCAGCUUCGUGAGGUAGUCACCUGGAAUGCUUUUUAAUUAGCAGGUGUCCCUCGUCAAGUUAGUGUAAUUUCUUGCCACUUUAAUGUGUUUGAGCUCAAAUAACAAAAAUACAGUAAAUAACCCUAUUCCGUCAAGAACCGCUCAACUAAGUAAAGAGAAACGACAUCCAUCAUUACUUUAAGACAUGAAGUGUCUUUUAGCUAAUAAAUUGUGUGGUGUGCGUGCAGGCAAGGAAUGAUGAUUGACUGGACUUGUUUAGUCUUGGUCAUUAACCAUGGGCUGCUAUACUCUGACCUGAGAAUUGUGAAUACCUGUGUAAUGUAAGAAUGUAAACAAUGUUAUUGUAUGUGUACAAAGG